UUGAAAACAUGGUAAGUUUGGGAACACGUGGUUUCUGAGGAAACCCUUUUGUCUGAAUGAACACUUCUUUUUACUCUACUUCGCAGACACAAACAUAAUGAGAGAAACACGCAUUUUUGUUUUUAUUUUUUUCCUUCUUCCUCUUUCACCUGUCGCCGGAAGUUGCUAUGAGACUUGUAAAAGAAAAAAUGGAGGACAAGACAACUGAUAAUUGGCUAACACCUGGCUGGAAAGUGGAGGUUAGACAAAGAAGGAAUGGCAAAAAAAGAUAAGGUAAGUGUAAAUUGGUUAUUCAGUUAAUAAAGAAAACCCAGUUUCAAGCUUCUGUUUUUUGCAGCUAUUUUGCUUCAUAUCAAGGUUUUGGCUUUAGAAAUCAAGAAAUGUAAGAUCCUUGGUCUUUAUUUGGUAACGGCCCUUUAUGCCAUUUGUAUUUGCCUUUAUUUGGAGCAGAUGCAAAGCUGCAAAUAAAGAGGAUGAUUUUCUGUCUUCUACCUUACUCUUUCUUCUUGGAAGAUAAAAGGAGAUCAAAUGAUAUUAUUUUCAAGUGAGGGGGAAACGCUUGUAGUUGUUAUGCCUUUGUUUCCCUAAUCUUUAGUUAUUAGUAGUUUCUUUAGUAUGACACAUUGGAUCUGCUAAAUACAUCAUUGUUCUUCCCCGCAUUCAAAUGUCUUAUACAUGUUUAUUUGUUUUGGCAUAGCAGUACUUCUGAAUUUCUCUUCUUGAUUUCUGAAUACUAGUUGAGAGUUAUGGUGGAUGCAUUAAACAAAUAAAACGUCCUGUUACCAACAACUGUGAAUGCAAGAUGAUUCAUUCAAAGCUUAAGUGACAUUUGGGCUUAUUGCAGUGUUACCAUGCUCCCUGUGGCGAACUUAGAUUCAUAUCCAGGGCAGAGGUGUCUAGCUAUCUUGACAAGUGUGGUUCUAAAACAGAAGAGAAAGAAAAAGGCUCUGGCAAGCAAUCUUCAAAAAUGUCUGCUGAUGAAAUCUACUCUUUGCCUUUUGUUUAUAACUUUAUAUGUGUAUGUUGAUUUUUGCAAAAAUUUGUUGACUAAAGAAGAAAUUUUUUUAUUGUUCAAGCCAUCUAGGUUAUAGUUGAGAAGGGUGCAGAAGAAGGGUUACCUCCCGGAUGGAUUAAGGAAGUAAGGAUAACAAAGAGGGCAAAUAGAAUUGGAAAAGAUCCGAUCCUGCGAGUGGAUUUGUAUUUAGUUCCAUGAAGGAUGCACUUCUUUAUGUUGGUCAAGCCUAAGGACAAAGGCAGCAUUGAUGAGGACUUGGAAGAAGAUAAUAUCUGUGAUCCUACCAUUGUCAAGAGACAGAAUGUAGCUGUGGAUGAAACAGCUGAUGAAAUGGAGAGACUGUGUACAGAACAGGUUUCAAAUUUGAGUGGGAUAACAAAGGAAGAAGAGAUGCUUACUUCUGCCAUUACAGGAGAACAGACAUCCCUCUCUAAACACGCUACUGAUCAGCAUAAAGCUGGAGUAGGUGCUGAAUUGAGCAGCUUGAUCUUGUCUGAAGCUAAGGGCACAGAACAAUAGGAGGAAAAGAUUCUAAAAAAGGUGUACCUGCUUCAGGCAAUGUAGUUGGAAUCCUCUUUGAUAAACAGUCUAGAGAAAAUGGGAUGACAAAGGGUGAAACUGAACAAACGUAACAGCGGGCAAGACCAAGCUUAAAAAAGCUCUUAAUAUUCCUUGACGAGCUUCAAAGUGACUUGCUGGAGUUGCCCUUAAUCCAACACCAGAACUAGAAACCACUAGAGCUUGCCGAUCUUCAACUAAAUAGUUAAGUGAAGUACCUGAUGCAGCUGAGAAUUCUUCUCCUGAUGGCUAUAUUCGUGAGGCCUCCAAACAGCCUGAACAACUUGAGUCUGCUCUGGAAACAGGCUAUGCCCUUGAUGUUUCUAAGACUAAAUAACUGAUACUGGCACCAAACAACAUGCUUCUUCUGGGGACAUGCUGACAGUGAAUGGUCAUGUUGGGAAUUUAGAAACGAAAACUAAGGGUGAUGAAGAUAAAUGUGUUUUGCCUCUGGUGAAUGCUGCUAUUCCAGGAGUACAUUCUGGAAAGUCGAAAGUGAUGAUAAAGCUAGUGAGGUGCCAGGAUCCCUUGUUGAUAUGCCUAUUAGAUUUGUGGAUAGAUUCUUGCAUUGAAUUCGCCAUUCAAAUUCUCACUGGAAUACCCUGUGAUAAUCCAAAAUUCUGAGUUGAGCAGUAGUAAAGGUCCAGGGAUUCUGGCUACUCCAGAAGUUCCUGCUGAGAGGGAAGAAAAUGGAAACAGUAGAGUUGAAAGACUGGAUGUGAUAUGGAUCUGCCUCUAGACAGACCCAGCUAUUUGGAAAGAACAUACUGGAAAGGUUGAAAAAUGCCACAAGACUGAUGAGAUGCCUGGUUCAUCCCUUUGACAUGAUUUUGGCAGAUAUCUGGUCAGACCCUAGCAUCGAAUUUGCAAUAAAACCUCUCAAUGGGGCAAUUCCAGUUGAGUCUGAUCUAGAGAAUCAGGAUUAUUUUUAGCAGCGACGGAGCUUUUGGCCGAUCCAAUCCAGUAAUAACUUGACCCUGCCAGAUGUCCGUAUAGAUAACUUCUCGCAAACUGAUUUCAUAUGCCAGCAAUAUGAUGUCACAAAUAAAUCUGUGUAAAGAACAUUUUAUUAGGAAUCCUAUAUAAUUUGUACUCGCUGUGGCAGUGAAGAGGCGACAUGAACGCUGAAGGCUAUCAACUUCUUUGUAUAUUUCAGGAAACUUGCUAGAAUUUAGAGAAGACUACUAACCUUGUGACUUUUCCCUCAAUGUUUCAUUGUUUCACAUUGCGGUAUGAUUAUUGUUUACCACUCGGGUACACAAUUUUAGAAUGACGUUUGCAUCAUUAAGCCCACUAGUUAGCUUGGCAGUGUAACACUGGAAUUUGUAAUCAGAUACUACUAAGUGUGGUGCUGGCAUUUUUUCCAACGUUCCUAUUGACUGCUAUGCAUUCUUGAUUAUCCAUUUUUCGUUCUUUUUGGUAAAUUGGUGUUCUGUUCUUCAUUUCUAUUGUUUUAGGAGGCUAACUUGGCGAAUUUAAUGUGCCCAAAUGGCAAAAGAAUGUAGCAAAAGACAAGCUUUCACUAUGUGGUAUUUUGAUUCUUAGGCAAAAAAAUUGAUCUUGGUUUGAUUUGGACUACCCUCUGACAAAAUCGUAGGAGAGGUCAAAGCAUAUUCCUAACAUAUGCACCUUGAGGACCACGACAUUUGUGUCUGUAAAUCGGUGCCAGAUAAAAAAGGUUCCUAAUUUUUGUCAAAGCAUCCAUCAACACACCAACUUAAAACCCGCGACAAGCCAGGUUGCUACUUGCCCCGCCAAUUCCCCAAAUAUCAAAUUGAAAUUCCUCCAAGUAAAAUGUUCCCCAUUUUGAAUUCUUCAGAGAAGAAUUCAAAGAACGAAUCCAGAUAAAAUAAAAAAAUAAAAAAA